UUAACACAGCAGAAUCACAGCGAACCCGUCUGCGUCUGCGGCUUCGAUUCUUCACAUCGCUGCCACAAAUCAUCUUUACACCCCGCUCUUAAGUCGGUUUGAGUACGGUCAUGUCCCGCCUCCUCCUGUGCCUGUCAGUCAUCGUUGCUCUGUGGUCGGCGCCGGUGUUCAGUCUGACAGUGUUCUCAGACCCUCCGGAGGCUCACAUGCUGCUCCGCACUCGCCGGGCGAACACGUUCCUGGAAGAGCUGAAGCCGGCUUCACAGGAGCGAGAAUGCAUCGAGGAAAUCUGUGACUUUGAAGAAGCCCGAGAGAUCUUCCAAACCAGAGAAGCCACACUGGAGUUCUGGACAGUGUACUCAGAUGGGAACCAGUGUCAGUCCAACAUGUGUGUCCAUGGAGCCUGUGUGGAUAUGUACCAAGACUACGCCUGCCUCUGUAACCCUGGAUAUGAGGGGAAAUACUGCGACCAACCUGUCACAGCGACUAACUGCUCCGUGGACAACGGCGGCUGUGACCACGGUUGCUUGGAGAGCGAGGAUGGCCUGUCGAGGAGCUGCAGCUGUGUGAGCACAUACGAUCUGCACGCCAACUCCAAGAAAUGUGUGCCGAAAGGUCCCUCGUCCUGCGGUCGGCUCAUGAUCGCCAGGUCGUCAUACUCCAAACCGAUGGACGGCCUUCUACCCUGGAUGGUGGGAGGCGAGGUCGGAAAGAAGGGGGAGAGUCCCUGGCAGGUGCUGAUACUGAACGCUUUAGGGAAACUUCACUGCGGAGGCGUCCUGAUCGAUGAGAGCUGGGUCUUGACUGCCGCUCACUGCCUGAAAAACAACUUCAAAUUCAGAGUCCGGCUGGGUGACUACGAGCGUUUUAGAGAUGAAGGCACAGAGGUCACUCUGAGGGUCCUCAAGACCUUCAAACACCCAGACUACGACAGCAACACGGUGGACAAUGACAUCGCCCUGAUGCGCCUGGAGACGCCCGCUCAAUUCUCAGAGUACAUCCUCCCGGUCUGUCUGCCAGGACGCGCCAUGGCAGAGCGGGUGCUGCACCUCAACGGCACCCUCACUGUGGUGACCGGCUGGGGCAAUGACGGCCUGGAUAGCAUCCAUUUCAGCUCGGCUCUGAACGUCAUCAAAGUCCCGCUGGUGGACCACGACAUCUGUGCCCGUCAAAUGACCAACAACGUCACCAAUAACGUGCUCUGCGCUGGGAACCUAGGGCAGAAAACAGACGCCUGCGAGGGGGACAGUGGCGGACCCAUGGUCACUCUGUACCGGGACACAUGGUUCCUGAUUGGCCUGGUGUCAUGGGGCGAGGGCUGCGGCCAGAUAGACAAGCUGGGCAUCUACACCAAGGUGUCCAACUAUAACGAGUGGAUCCAACAAGUGAAAGACGAAUGGGACAAAGCUUAUCACCCCCAAUAACCCCCGAGAGUCUGAACCACCUCGUCCUACAAAAAUGGACCCAAAGUCUGAUCUUCAGUUCAUCAAACUUGUAACACUUUAUAAAUAA